UCGGGGCCGCGCUCUUGAAGCCUGGGAGCUCGGUUCCCAGCGGGAUGGCCCAGCCUGAGAGCCCGGGACCACGGCAGGUUCCCCGCCGCCGGGCCUCCAGUCGCAGCCAGCCCCCGGAGCCGGAGCCACGCCCAGGCCCAGGGCCCGGGCCCGGAGCAGGCCCCGCGGAGCCCGGCAAGCGCCGCCGGGGGCGGCCCCGGAUCCGCACCGAGCUGGAGCUAGAGCAGCGCCGCAAGGCCUGGUACCGCCGGCGGUAUCUGUGCAGCGUCUACCUGGGCCAGCAGUGCGAGCGCUGGAAGAGGGUCCAUCACCAACUCGGUCACAACAAGGACGAGCAAACCGCCCAGAGCCUGCUGGACUGCUUUACAGCAAGGAGUCGUGGCAGCUGUUCAGGGAAAGUCAGCUCGGCCGAAAACCUGGACCACCUGCACACAUCCUGCGAUGCCCUGCGACAGCUGAUGGUCUGGUCCCACCAGCACAGCCGGGAGUGCGGCUUUAUCCCGAACCUCAAGUCCGUCGCCUCGGGACGCGUGGACGACUCGGCCACCGUGGUGUGGACCUGCGCCGGGGGCCACAGCUACUCCUGGGAGAUGCUGGCCCCCCGCAAGGGCGCGGAGGGGAGCGGCGGAGAGCAUGGGGCAGCCCGGGCCCCAGCUCGCGGCACCGGCCGCGCCAGGCGGAGGGUACUCAGCAGCUUGCCCCCGAACGGGAAACGGAGCUGCCUGGGCUUGGGCGGCGUGGCCAAGGACGGCUCACCGGAAGCGCCGAGCGGCGAGACGGCGACGGAGGGGACCCCCAGCGAGACGGUGCUGGCGGGAGGUGCCGAAACGGCAAACGAGGCGGGCGGGCCAACGGGCAACCACGCCUCGCAGACCCGGCAAGGGGCCGAGGUGCCGGCCACCCUGGGACUCACCACACCGCCAGAGGUCGGCUGCGAGGCAGCCGACGGCCCCCCCGAGCAGCCGGCUGAGACGGACCGAGGCGGGCCUUCCCCGCUAGGCACCGCCACCCCCAGCAGGGCCCGGAGGAGAAACCGCAGGAAAACAGGCCGUGCCCCGGCACCCACCGGCAACACUGACCUGCUGCAGUUGGUGUGCGAGUCAGACGGUGAAGACCAGCCCGGCGAAAACGCCAAGGAGACUGGUGAGCGGCUGCAACGGCAAGAAGGUUCUCAGGAGUCAGAGAUGCAAGUUGCAGAGACUGAGCUCUUGUUGACUAGUGACAAUGAUAGUGAAGAGGAUGAGGAGCUGUUGACUGAAAUGGAUUCUGAUGAUGAAUAUCAAUUCUUCGAUGAUCCCAAGGAUGAAAACUAUAUUCCCUCGUCGGAAAGCGGUUCAGACCGAGAGAAAAGGAGGGGGAGACCUCGCAGGAACAGUACAAAGAAACCACCUGAAGAGCCUGUCACCAGGAAGCCUCCGAAACGUCGUGGCAAGCGAGAUCCAAGCGAACAGCCAAAGAAAAUCCGGAAGAAGAUUCAGAAGCAGUACGUUCGCUGUGAGUUUGAAGGAUGUGGCAAAAUUGUCUCUAAUCCUCAGUAUUUGAAGCGCCACAUGAAGUAUCAGCACAUGUUGCACCGAACCUUUGCCUGCUCCUACCCAAGCUGUGGUCGUAUCUUCCGCUUCAAAACACAGAUGGAGGAUCAUGAGAAAUUGCACAGCGAUCAGCGCAAUUAUAUCUGUGAGUUCUGUGGCCGAGCCUUUAAAACUGACAAGAACCUGGUGGUACACAGAAGGAUUCACACGGGAGAGAAACCUCUUCAGUGUGAAAUCUGUGGCUUUACCUGCCGACAGAAAGCCUCGUUGAACUGGCACAUGAAGAAACACGACGCUGAGGCCGGAUACCAGUUCUCCUGUGACAUCUGCGGCAAGAAGUUUGAGAAGAAGGAUAACGUGUCUGCCCACAAGAGCAAGAGCCACCCAGAGACGCUGCUGGCCUCGGUGACCAGCCUGGCAGCGCUGGAGGAGAGCGGUGCCUUUGGCGAGGGGCCCAGCAUUGUCCCGGUCUCCGCCUUCGGCCAGGAGCAGCCUGUGGGUAACACUGGGCCUCUGGAGGCCGAAUCCCGGCUGGGCGGGUGGACCCGGCUGGAGGAAGGCAACUGUCUGGAAGGAGGCAUACGGCUGGAGGUGUGGACGCGUCUGGAGGAGGGGGGUAGCCAUCUGGCAGCAGAGGAGCCUUAGCUGUUCCUCCCUCGUCUUACCCCCGCCCCCCCGCCUGCCCCCCCCAGCCCCUGAGCGAUGUGGGCCAUGGGACACCUCCUUCGCUCCAGACACUCCCUCCCUCCAGCUUUCCCUCCGAGGGAUCGCGGCAUUGAGGCAUGCGCUGGGCCCUCUGAGGGGAGGGCAGGAGGAGGGGUUUUGGGAGGAGCGGGAAGUGAGUCUGGAGUAAGGAGAGGAGCUGGAACGGGGCAACAGGGGUCCCACUCCCCCAAUCCCCCCCCGUCCCAUCACCACCAAUCCUGAGAGGAGCCGGCAAAGGGGUCUUGUCUCCAGGAAGCCCCUGAGUGUGAGGCUUCCCCCCCCACCUCAAGGGGCUGGAGGGAGGGACAAGCCUCCCCUCCCCCCAAUCCUUCCAAUGGAGGGGAGGUUGCUUUUGCAGCUCAUCCGCUCUCCCUUCUCUCUUCCAACCCCUGCCUCAAUACUGGAUCCAGUCAGGCAUCCUGCUCCCCCCACCCCCUACCACCUCCUCCCGCCACCAAAUUCUUUUCACUACGAGAAGAAUCUAGUUCCUGGUUAAAGAUUUUGGUCCUAUUUUUCAGGAUUUGUAAAUAGUUUGCGACACGUACCGGUCAUUAUAGAGUUGGCGACAGAUGCCAGUAACUUGGUGGGUCAGAGCUGCCCCGAAGUGUGCCUGCCUUCUGUUGUAACUGUAUUCCUGUUGAGAUAUAUCAUAUCGCAAUAAAACCCUCGCCAUGCA